AACUACUCUCGCUGUACACUGUGAAGUUCUGCUUAAGAGGAAUUCGAAUAGCUUUCGGAUAGGUUACAUCACAUCAUCUUUCAGCAGAGCGUGGUUAACGUGUUUGUGUCAUGGAGGCGCACAGUUUAUGCUGUGCGAUCUGCCUGGAGCGUUUUAAAUACCCGGCGACUAUACCAUGCGGCCACACCUUCUGCAAGGACUGCAUCUCCAAGCACUGGGAUCAGAGAGAGAAGGGGAGACCUCAACACGUUGAAUUCAACUGCCCUGUUUGCAACGAGAAGUUCCCCACCAGACCCUCGCUCAAGCGGAACGUGUCCCUGUCGGUUUUGAGCGAAGCCGCCGCCGACAGCGGCGGAGAUCCGAAAGAUGCCGGUUCUCCGUGUGAAAGAGCCGACGUCGGCACCGAGCUGCUCUGCGCGCGCCAUCAGAAGCCCCUUGACGUGUACUGCAGGAACGAGCGCAUGUGCGUUUGUUGUGCGUGCGCGAUGAAUGAAUGCAAGAAUCACGACAAGGUCCUGGUGGAAGAGGAGAGGAGUAACAGAGAAGCAGUUCUGAAGAAGAAAAGCUUGGAGAUCAGGAAGUGCAGGGAGAAUACAGAGCAAAACAUUCUGGAGCUCACAGAGAACAUUGCAAAAGCAAAGGUGUCUCUGCAGCAGACGUCGCAGUGGGUGAACGUGAAGUUCUCACACCUGCUGAAGGUGCUGGAGGAGAAGCAGGAGUUGACGGAGAGCUUUGUGGCACAUCAGCAGGAAGCUCUGCUGUCUCAGGCCGAGGCACGCCUCCGUGACCUGCAGGAGAAGGCGCUGCAGCUCUCAGAGCUCGAGGAGCAGAUCGCUGGCCUCUGCACCCUCCCCCAUCACCAGCUUAUACAGGAUUCCAUGCUGAUAGAGGUCCCUCAGAUGGGUGAGGUUCCUGUAGAUGUUAAUGUGAACGUAUUGGAGAAACUGGCUCCGGUCACAGACGUGCUGUCUCGCAUCUCUAAGAUGGUGUGUGAGGACCUGGAUAAAGCUGUUUAUGCAGCUGUGGGGCACAACAAAGAAGCUUCACCUCAGGACAAAAGACCAGUGCUUGCUGUAGUACCCAGUCCUGCUACGCCAUCUUAUACAGCAGGAAAGGAAGGCCUUAGUGCAUACCGUUGCUCCUUGACCUUUGACCCUCGCACAGCCAACGCUAACCUCCUGCUCUCUCAGAGCAACCGUCGGGCGGAGCACCUUACCUCUGGGCCCCGUCCUGUCCCGGCUCACGAGGCCCGCUUCGACCACACCUGGCAGGUGCUGUGCUUUGAGAAGUUCACCCACGGCCGCCACUAUUGGGAGCUGGAGGUGUCCAAGCCAUGGGCAUACGUGGGGGUGACGUACCAGGCCAUCCCACGCAAGGAGAAGGGACGGACGGGCAUGCUGGGGAUGAACGAGCUGUCCUGGAGCCUUCAGCUGGACGAGCGGCAGCUGAGCGCCUGGCAUGCUGGUAACAAGGAGCCCGUGCUGGGCCAGAUGCAGGGCCAGUCCCAGCCGCUGCGUAUCGGUAUGCUGCUGGACUACGAGUCCGGUACGUUGACCUACUACAGCGAGGGCCAGGUGAGGCUACAUGCCUUCCACUGCGUGUUCACUGACGAGCUGUUCCCAGCCUGUUGGAUCGGAGAGGGGGUUAGUGUUACUCUCUGCCCACCGUGAACCGCGAGACCUUUUCUGGCAAGGCUGUCGAACCACAGUCCUCAAAGUUUAAACCACCUUCCUUGAACCACAGUCCUCAAAGGACAAAAAAAUACUUUUUCCAGCAAGGUUGUUGAACCACAGUCCUCAAACCACAGUUCUUAAAUGCACUACAUCUGAAAACACAUUUAGCUCAAAGAGAGCUUGAUAAUGAUCUGAUGUCAGGCAGUUAAUGUUCUCUUUUCUCUGACACAAAUGAUUUUGUAGCAGAUUAUGAAACACUAGCUACAUAAAGUGACACGUUUUCUAGUGCAGGGAAAACAUACAACUCUGCAGGGGAGGGCCUCUAAUAGUUGUGGUUUAGAACUCUGGCACUAAUUUGUGCCCAGUGGUGAUGUGUCAGACAAGAACUAGACAACUCCAUAAUGAACAUCUCCCACAGACCCUUUCACUAGAAAGGUGAAAACUGAGGCACUGUGUUAUUAAAUGGAGAGCCUAAGAAGUCUCAUAUACUCAAAUAAUUUCUACUUUUGAGUUUCCAUGACACUCCAUGAUCUUCUAGUUUCAGUGAUAUUUUAUUACAUUUUAGAAGCUGAGAAAUUCAAGCUGUCAGCUCAAUUCCUGAUACACUACCACCAAUGGAUAUAGUAAGAGUGGUUGGGAGGAAUUAGCAAUGUAUUUUAUUUGUCUUGUAAUUAUAAAUUGAGUUUGAAAUCUGACUUAUCAAGACACUGAACAUUACUUUUUUUCCAGUAGAGUAAAGUAUUUCGAAUUCUCAAAGCACUUUUGAAUUCCAUAGAACGGAAAUUGUAUUGUAUUCGUUACAAGCUAUGUUAGAUUAACGGUGGUAGUAAUUUUGUGUAGGUCUGUUUUGUAAAUUACCUUAUUGUCAUGCAGCUUGGCACAAUUGUAUAUCUAGGUGUUUAAAGAAUGGUUUAAGACUGUGUUCCUUGGAGCUAGGUCCAUAGGAACCUUUUUUGAAAGACUUUUAUAGAGUACUGAACUGAAAGAGGUGUUUUAUGGGAAAUGCCAAGGGUUGGUUUUCCAGCCAUGGAUUGAGCCUAGUCUUGGACUAAAUUGCAGUGCCAACACUGAAUCAGAACUGGGUUUCAUAUUUUCUCUAAGCAUAGGCUUAGACUAAACUGGCCCCAAAUGUAUUUGGGUGUAUAAAAUGGAUUUUAGGAAUAAAACAAUUUUCUUUGAUUUUAAGUUUGAUUUUAAGCAAAUGUAACUUAUGUUAUGAGAUGGAUUCAUUUUGUUAAGAGUUCAACUCAAGACUGUCACACACUGUCUUUUCUCUGUGUGGUGUUCAAAUGCAUUACACCCUCCUGAUCUGUAGACAAUUUUCUUGCACAUUAUUUUGGCACUAGCCUUUCCACUACCUGUCUUAAAUGGUUACUUAUAAAUCAACAUUUUUUAAACAAGUUGUAUCAAUAAGAUGUGCGGUUUGAACCCCACCCAAAUUCUCUUUACAUCAAUUGCUCUGCUUUGAGUCAGAAAGUGGAACACAUUUAAAGCACACAAUGUGCCAUCUUGAAUUUAUUUAUUUUAGAACUGUGAACAAGCUGGAUUGUUUGAGUAAUGGUACAGAUGUUUAAUCUCUUGAUUCUUCUAGACAGAAGUCAAAAGGCUGAAAAAGAUAAGUUUUGAACCAUGUGCUCUUAGAAUGGUUAUACUGGAUAAAGAACAAAACGCAGACUGCUGUCCCUCACCCACUGUUAGUCCAUCACAGGGAGAGAAGGAAAGGACUCACACUAGAGGAUGAUCUGUUAGUGCAAUACAGUUUUCAUUACUCUAUCAGUUCAUUAAGGGCAGGGUGAAUGCUGAAUGUACAGAACCAUAUUUUGAAGUGUUUGUUUUUAAAAAAAUAAAAAUAAAAAAUCCCUCAAAUAAAUCUUUCAACUUUCAACUAGUACAUCUUUAAUAAAAUACAUUACAUGUUGGACAUUGCAGCUGAGACCAUGCUUCUGAAAUGGUUUUACAUUUCUUCAGUCAUAUAAAUUAAGUAAUUAAUUACUUAUAAUUACUUGUAAUUAAAUAAUUAGUAGUUAAUUAAUUACUAUGCUCAAUAAUAAAUAGUACUUGCAGCCAAAAGGGUGGUGCUGGGGGAUUGUACUGGCAUGACGAGAGUUAAAGUGCUAUGUUAGUUUGCGCCAUGCUCCAGGGCUAGAGAGAUGCUUCGAGAGAGAACGGCAGUAGUCACAAGUGCAGCGGGACCACAGAUCACGAGGGAAAGCAGAUCCACAGG